AUAUCCCUCAACCUGUUGGAAAUCCAUGUAUUCCAUCGCCUUGUGGACCAAAUUCUCAAUGUAAAGUACAAGGUGAAUCCCCAUCAUGCUCUUGUUUAUCUGAAUUUAUUGGUUCACCUCCUAAUUGUAAACCUGAAUGUGUAAGCAAUAGUGAAUGUCCAAUUCACUUAUCCUGCAUAAAUAUGAAAUGUAAGAAUCCUUGCAUUGGAGCGUGUGCCCCAAGUGCUGAAUGUAGAGUAAUAAGUCAUAUCCCAAGAUGCACAUGCCCUGUUGGAUAUAUUGGAAACCCGUAUACCGAAUGUACAACAAUUCAAGCUGAUCCUAUCCCACAAGAGUAUUUAAAUCCUUGUGAGCCGUCUCCGUGUGGCAUAAAUGCCAUUUGUAAAGAACAAAACGGAGCUGGAUCUUGUUCUUGUCUACCUGAAUACUUUGGAAAUCCAUAUGAAGGAUGUAAGCCUGAAUGUAUUGUAAAUGCUGAGUGCCAAUCUAACAAAGCAUGCAUUAGUAAUAAAUGUAAAGAUCCAUGUCCUGGAACAUGUGCUCAAAAUGCUGAAUGUCAAGUCAUUAAUCAUUCACCGACAUGUACAUGUUACAAUGGAUAUACUGGAGAUCCAUUCCGAUACUGUCAUGUCAUACCACCACAACAAACUGAAGUACAGCCUAUUUAUCCAUGUACACCAUCUCCUUGUGGACCAAAUAGUCAAUGUCGAGAAAUUAACCAUCAAGCUGUUUGCUCAUGCCUUCCGACGUAUAUAGGGAGCCCGCCUGGAUGUCGCCCAGAAUGUGUACUGAACUCAGAAUGUUCAUCAAGUCUCGCUUGUAUUAAUCAAAAAUGUAAAAACCCAUGUGAAAAUCGUUGUGCACAAAAUGCCAGCUGCAGGGUGUUCAACCAUAGUCCAGUGUGUUCAUGCACUCCUGGGUAUACUGGAGAUCCAUUUUCACAUUGUCAUGUUAUACCUCCACCACCACCACAAAAUGAGCCUGUUUAUAAUAUAAACCCAUGCAUACCAUCACCAUGUGGAGCCUAUGCUAUAUGUCAAGACAAUGGAGGUAAUCCGUCAUGUUCGUGCUUGGCUCAAUAUAUUGGAUCACCACCAAACUGUAGACCAGAAUGCAUUAUGCAUUCUGAAUGUCCUAGUAAUGAAGCUUGCAUCAGAGAAAAAUGCCAAGAUCCAUGUCCAGGAUCAUGUGGCUGGGGUGCUCAGUGUAAUGUAAUUAACCAUACACCUAUGUGUACUUGUCCAGAGGGAUAUGAAGGAAAUCCAUUUACGCAAUGUGAUAUAAAGCCAGUGAUUCAAGCUCCAGUCUACUCAGAUCCAUGUAAUCCAUCACCUUGUGGCCCAAAUUCUCAAUGUAAUAAUGGUGUAUGCACAUGCUUAAGUGAAUUCCAAGGAGAUCCAUACACUGGAUGUAGACCUGAAUGUGUACUAAAUAAUGAUUGUUCUCGAAACAAAGCAUGUUUAAAAAAUAAAUGUAUAGAUCCUUGUCCUGGAAUUUGUGGACAAAAUGCUAUAUGUGAUGUUUAUAAUCAUAUACCAAUGUGUCGUUGCCCAGAAGGAAUGCAAGGCAAUGCUUUUGUUUUUUGCAGUCAACAGCAAAAUGAACCUGAGGUAUAUGAGCCAUGUAAACCAUCCCCUUGUGGACCAUUUAGUCAAUGUAGGGAAGUAAAUAAACAAGCAGUUUGUUCGUGUGUAAUGGGAUAUACUGGAUUACCACCAUUAUGCCGUCCCGAAUGUAUUUCAAGUUCAGACUGUCGACAAAAUCAAGCAUGUUCUAAUCAAAAAUGUGUAGACCCAUGUCCAGGAACUUGUGGUAUAAAUGCUAAAUGCCAAGUUAUAAGCCACAAUCCUAUAUGUAGCUGUCCAACAGGAUAUACUGGAAAUGCAUUUAUGAAUUGCUACCAAAUUCCUGCAGAUAUACCAUUAAUAGUGGGCAAUCCAUGUGUCCCAACACCAUGUGGACCUAAUUCACAAUGUCAAGUAAAAGGAGAUACGCCUUCUUGUUCUUGUUUGCCUGAGUUUAUCGGAUCUCCUCCACAUUGYAAACCAGAAUGUAUCACUAAUAGUGAAUGUCCCUAUAACAAAGCAUGUAUGAAUAUGAAAUGUAAAGAUCCUUGUCCGGGAUCAUGUGCAGUUAAUGCUAUAUGUCAAGUUAUAAGUCACGCUCCUACUUGUCAUUGUCAACAAGGUUAUGUUGGAAAUCCAUUUACAUUCUGUUCAGUUCAACAAGCAGAUCCCAUACCUCAAGAAUAUAUUAAUCCAUGCGUACCAUCACCAUGUGGUGUGAAUGCAAUAUGUAAAGAACAAAAUGGAGCCGGAUCAUGUUCUUGUUUACCAGAAUAUAUAGGCAAUCCAUAUGAAAGUUGUAGACCAGAAUGCACAGUUAAUUCUGAUUGCGUUUCCAAUAAAGCCUGCUUGAUGAAUAAGUGUAGAGAUCCAUGUCCAGGAACAUGUGGUCAAAAUGCAGAAUGUCAUGUCGUUAACCAUUUACCAGUCUGUACUUGUUUAAAUGGUUAUAAUGGUGAUCCGUUCAAAUAUUGUUCAGUUAUUGUACCACCACAAGAUGCAUCAGUAGAACUGAUAAACCCAUGUUACCCGUCACCCUGUGGACCAAAUAGUCAAUGUAAAUCGAUCAACAACCAAGCAAUAUGUUCAUGUUUACCUACAUUCAUUGGAAGUCCCCCAGGGUGUAGACCAGAAUGUGUAAUGAGUUCGGAAUGUAAAAAUUAUGAAGCAUGUAUAAACCAAAAAUGUUCUGACCCUUGCACUAAUAUUUGUGGAAAAAAUGCUGAUUGCAAAGUCAUUAAUCAUAGUCCAAUUUGUACUUGUCGGCCUAAAUUCACUGGAGACCCAUUCACUCAUUGUUUCCCAAUACCAUUACCAUUGCCUCAAUAUUUGCCUACUGAAUAUGUUAACCCAUGCAUACCAUCACCUUGUGGUCCAUAUUCACAAUGCCAUGAUAACCAAGGAGUUCCAUCAUGCAGUUGUCUUUCUCAAUACACCGGAAGCCCACCAAAUUGUAGACCAGAAUGUGUUAUGAACUCAGAAUGCCCAUCUAAUAAAGCAUGUAUAAAUGAACAUUGUAGAGAUCCGUGUCCAGGAUCAUGUGGUUACAAUGCUGAAUGUAACGUCUUAAAUCAUACUCCUAUGUGCGUUUGUCUAUAUGGUAUGGUUGGUGAUCCAUUUACUAAUUGUUAUCCUAAACCACAGGAAAAUAUUCCAGUGGUAAACAGUGAUCCGUGUAAUCCGUCACCUUGUGGUUAUAAUGCAGAAUGCAAUAAUGGUGUAUGUACUUGUUUAUUAGAAUAUCAAGGAAAUCCUUAUAUGGGAUGUAGACCUGAAUGUGUUAUAAAUAAUGACUGUCCUCAAAAUGAAGCGUGUAUAAAAAAUAAAUGUAUAGACCCUUGUCCUGGAAUUUGUGGACAAAAUGCUAUUUGUGAUGUUUAUAAUCAUAUACCAAUGUGUCGUUGCCCAGAAAAAAUGCAAGGCAAUGCUUUCAUUCAAUGCAAACCAGUUGAAGUUCAAGCUCAAGUUUAUCCAUGUAUCCCUUCACCUUGUGGAUCUAAUAGUCAAUGUAGAGAAAUUAAUAAUCAUGCUGUAUGUUCAUGUAUAUCGAAUUACAUUGGGUCACCUCCUCUAUGCAGACCAGAAUGUACUACUAAUUCUGAUUGUAAUCAAGAUGAAGCUUGCAGUAAUCAAAAAUGUAAAGAUCCGUGUCCCGGAACAUGUGGAAUAGGAGCUAAAUGUCAUGUGACUAACCAUAACCCAAUAUGCAAUUGUCCAUCAGGAUAUACAGGAAACGCUUUUGUCCACUGCCAUCCAAUUCAAGCGGCCCCAGUAGAAGAAGUAAUUGAAAACCCUUGCGUACCAUCACCAUGUGGAUUUAAUGCCCAAUGUCAAAACAUUGGAGGUCAACCAUCAUGCUCUUGUUUACCUCAAUUUAUCGGAACUCCUCCAAAUUGUAAACCAGAAUGUAUAAUCAAUAGUGAAUGUCCGUAUCACUUAGCAUGUAUAAAUAUGAAAUGCCGAGAUCCAUGUCCAGGAUCAUGUGGUCAGAAUGCAGAAUGCAAAGUUAUAAGUCAUGCCCCAAAAUGUUAUUGUUUAUCUGGUUAUACGGGAAAUCCAAUAAUACAAUGCAAAAUACAACUUGCUGAACCAGUUCCUCAAGAAUAUUUCAAUCCAUGCCAACCAUCACCUUGUGGUUCAAAUGCAGUAUGCAAAGAGCAAAACGGUGCUGGUUCAU